AGGAUAAACUCGCAGUGCCUCUUGACUUGACCCGUCGUCCUUCAAACAUCAUUCUGUCCGAUGAUAUAAAGGAGGAGGAGAAAGAGGAGGAGGAAGAAGAAAACAAGGAAAAGCAGCUUACAGAGGAGAGCAACCCAAGGUUGUGCGGUUGCUCAGAGUCCUGUGUUUCUGACCUGGAGGGUUCUGAAUGGUUCAGCAAACACUACGACCCUCAACAGCAACCCAUCCUCCGUGCUAACCACAACUUUGAGCCUGAUGCAAUUAAGUGGUGGCUGAGGCUUCAGCAGUCUGGUGCAGAGCAGACUUUAGAGGACGUGAUGUCAAAAAUGUUCCAGGUAAUCCCCCCACCCACCGUGGACACCAACCCCCACCCGUCACGCUGUCGUAAAUGUGCAGUUAUCGGCAACUCUGGCAACCUGCGUAAUUCUGGCCACGGCGAACUGAUCGACUCUCACAGCUUCGUGAUCCGAAUAAACCGAGCCAAGACUCGAGGUUUUGAGAAAGAUGUGGGGAACCGGACGACGCAUCACAUCAUGUACCCCGAGAGCGCGGUGGACCUGAACCCUGGGGUCAGCCUCAUCCUGCUGCCCUUCAAGCUCAGAGACCUGGAGUGGCUGACCAGCGCGCUGUCAACCGGCGAAGUCAAAAAGUUCUGGUGGUGAAUCCAUUGUUCUUUAAAUACGUCCACGAUCAGUGGACCGAGCAUCACGGUCGCUACCCGUCCACCGGCAUGCUCACCAUCGUCUUCGCGCUGCACACUUGUGAUCAGGUGUCGGUGUUUGGUUACGGUGCGGACCAGCAGGGGAACUGGCACCACUACUGGGAGAACAACCACCACGCUGGAGCCUUCAGGAAGACAGGCGUUCACAGCGCCGACUUCGAGACGGAGGUCAUCCACCAGCUCGCCAAGGAAGGAAAGAUCAGCCUCCACCUUUAACACAACCACUCCCCUUACAGACUGAAGAGACAGAAGAACCGAACCUGAGCCGGUUCUGUGGCUGUCGUUUUUUUUCUUUUGACUUUUUAUAUAUAUACAUGUAGGAAUCAGGCCACCUUUCUAUUUGCCACAUUUGCCUUAAGUUGGGCCGUAGCAUGCUUGAUUCACAUGCUGGUUUUGCUCAGACGUAUUAUGAUGCCUGUGGAACGAGGUGCAGUUCACCAGCAGCGCCCCCUGUUGGGCAGCGAUCAGUCAGCCUGUGGAGACCCCUACCGGUUUACGUUUUACAGACUGUCCUGCCGCCUGCGACUCAUGGGAUGGACCACAGUUAGCUUAGCUCUGAGCGGGAAACAACCACAGACUUUUUAUAAGUUUUUGUAUCGGCUUUUACAGACAUUUUAUUCAUGUUUAAAAAAAAAAAAAGAAAAAAUGUAAUCGAAGCACUUUUUAUUAUGAAGGAAAAUUCGGACGAGGUCAUAAGUUUUUACUUGCAAGCCACAAAAGCCUUAUUUUAUUUCAUUGCAUUUUUGCAUCGUUCUCAUCCAUCCGUUUACUUUUGAUGAACUGUAAAAACCAUCCUGUGCCAGAAGAUCCCMAAAGACUGCAAGUGGGAUCCAAACGAGUGACAAUUAAGGCAAUAAUUUUGUUAUGCUUUGGACCUGGAGUCAAAGAGCUGCAGGAGGCUGUGUCUGGUUUAGCCUGUGUUUGUUUCUUCGACAGCUGACAGGUUUUCAUGUCAUUUUUUUUAAAUCUAGCACUACUUAUUUUUUAAUUGGCAAAACUAUUGAACCAUGAACCAUGAACUUAUGCAGCCUUAGCAACCUGUCUGUGGCGAAACAAAACAAAUCUACUUGGAGCCAGACAUUUAAUCUAAAAACAAGGGAAGGACCAAAGCUCAAAGGUUGUUGAACAUCGUUGUGAUGUGAAGUCGUUUUAUCUGACGGCAGUGGAAAAACAAAAAGGGAGACCAGCACAGUUUCAAAGGUUUAUUCAAGGACGAGAGAAAAAUGACAAAAUGUGCAGCAUGUUUGUUUUUGUUUUAUAAAACUGGUGAGCAGUUUUA